CUUUGACCAGUCUAGCAGAUAAACAGGCCAAGAGAAUGGAGGAAAUGCACAGCAUACUAAGAGAUAUGAAGGAACAGCUGGAGACAUUUACAAAGAACACGUUCUUGAAUAGCUCCUCCAUUGCCAGACCUGAUCAAUAUAAAAGUCAAGUGAUGAUGAUAAAGAUGAGACAGAGGAGGAAACUGAUACGAUGGAUGAGGAAACAGAUAUAUUUGAUGAGGAAAUGGAUGGAUCUGGAGAGGAAACUCAAAGCAUUGCCCUCAGAUAUUAUUUCUCUGAUGCAGGAGAGAGUGAAAGGUCAGAGGAAGACCAUGGAUCUUCCCAGUUUAGACCUCAGCCAUCACAUGAUUCAUAUGAUGAACUCAUUCAUGAAAAUAAGCAGAAACAUAAAAGAUCCAAGGAACAAAAGGGGAGUUCUGAAGAAAUCAGGAGAGAGAUGCCUCAUUCAUCAAGCAGCAGAGAAGGAAAACAAAGCUUGACAGACAAGGAAAACUGUCAGUUGAAUGCAUCUGUGGAGGCAGCAUAUGAAGAUGAUCCUAUUCCACCACCAAGAGCAAAAAAAUCUUAUCACACUGUGCUGUGCUUGGAUAUUUCGGAAAGCAUGCGAAAAGGAGAUGCUUAUAAAAUGAUUGUUGAGAUUGUCCAUAAGUUCCUAGAUGGUGUGGAGGAUGUUGUCACUGAGACUGGUAUAGAGGAGAAUAUUGGGCUGGUCACAUUUGGUGGACGAGCUCAUGUGGUGCAAAACCUGACUAAUGAUUUGUCACGUAUAAGAGAAGCUGUUGAUUCAAUUGUAAUAGGAAGAAAGUCUCCCUUUGUGGAAGCUUUGCUUGUGUCGAUGGCAGCAUUUGUCAAAAAAGCUUCCAUCAUCUCAGUUUCUGGGAUGUAUCAUGUGAAGCCACGCAUCAUUUUCAUCAGUGAUGGUCAUCCUACAGAAAAUGUUGACAGCGAUGAAACAGAUUUACCUAUCAACCCAAUGCAUGUAAGAACAUCUUUAACACGCCUCAUGAUGGAUUUUGGUUUCAAGAAACAAUACACAAAGAUAUCUCCUAUCUUCUACAUUCCUGUUGGUGACAGUGCUGACAGGGACCUGAUGAAAAGUAUGGCUACACUGAGUAACGGUGUCUACAUGGAGCCUACUGACAAAGCAAUAAAAACACUGUGUAAUUAUUUCACUGCGCAGGAGACAAUUGGAAAGACUCUCACAAUGAUUAGAAGGGAUGAAUCAUCUGCACUUGGUCCAUUAAUCAAGUCUCUUGCAUCUAACCUUUCCAAGGAAGAGCAGGAAGAGGUGGCGUCAGUGGUUAAAAAGGAGAUGGAAAACCCUAACAGGCGCAAACGCAGAAGCAGGCCUGAUGACUUUGUUGAUGUUUUUGAAGACACAGACAAAGUUAAUGCAGGUGACCUAUUGCCACUCGGAACUCGAGUUGUGAGAGGACCAGACUGGAAGUGGGGCAACCAAGAUGAAGAAGGGCCAGGCACUGUCCUCAACCAUGCUGAAGCCAAUACUACAUAUGUACUCUGGGACAACGGUCAUCGCAACCGCUACUUCUAUGGUCCAGAAGUUGGAUUUGAUGUAUGGAAGACAGAAGAACAUCCAAGACCGAUAGGAAAAGAUGGGCAGCUUGAAAUUGGCAUGGUUGUCAAAAAAGGUCCGGACUGGGAAUGCGAUGACCACAGUUUGGAUCUUCAGCACGUACAAACAGCUGUUGUAAUUCGAAAAUGUCGAAGAGAAAAAAAAUUAAUGGUUCGCUGGGAUAAUGGAGAAAGGCAGACUGUACCAUGGGGAAAAGAUGAAAAAUGUUAUGUUCAGUUUUGUUCUCCAGCUCGGCAUCCGUCUGCUCCACAGGACUUGGAUUUAGCAACUUUGAUCCAAGGACAAGGGAGAGAAUAUUUACAGCAACAGGAACAGCAGCAACACACAGCAGCAGCAGCAACCUUUGAACAUGGGAGAUGGGAAUGGAUGGCAGAUAAUGGAAGCUGGCACCAGUACACUGAAGAAAACAGCAAAAUUUUAGAGCAAGCUUAUAAAAGAAAACCAACUGGGUCAUGUAUUGUCAAGAGGGAGGGAGUCAAUCGAAGAAUAAUGUUUCGAAGAAUGACAGAAAAGCUGAUAGAUGGUGGCACUGAAUGCUCUGUCAGAAGACUUGAAAAGAGAUGAUAAGAAUAAUCCUAAUUAGUCAAACACUAAAAAUCUGCACUUUUUGGGGAUACAACAUCCAAGGAUACUUCACUUGCUACAUGGAAUCAUUUCUGUGUGGAGAAGAGCUGGGGGGGGAGGGGGGAUUGAUGUUUUACGCCGUGCCAGCAACUAAGGCUGUAUUACGGCAAGGCAACCAGCCCUGUAAACAGAUGUCACUUGCAGAGAAAGAACAGUGUGCCAGAGACGAGAAAUGAACUCUGGGCAGCCAACCUUCACUGUAUUGGUGACAGACGCUAACCAUUGCGCCACCGGACCGCUUUGUGGAGAAGAGCUGGCAAAGAAAGUCAAUGACCUUGGCAGUAUUACAAAGCUCAUCAUUCUUCAGAAGACUGAAGAAUGGCUUUAUCAAAUAUUACCAUUAAUAUAAUAAUAUGAAGAAAGGUCAUUUUCUCACCUAUGGUACAUCAGACAUAAAUUAUGCGUUCACCUACAUAUCUUUUUAGGUAGACAGAAAUAUGGUUGUGUCUGUACCUCACUACUACUGUCCUGAUAGAUGUUUUGUGCCAGUCAAGAGUCUAAUACGAGGGACCAUGGCAGACAAUGCAAAAAUUCAGCAUUGGACGUCCAUAACAGAUUUUUUUGCUGGGAACAAUGAUGUGUGAGCACAGGCCAAAAUAAAGCAAAGUCCACAGUGAAAAAAAUGUUCUUUUCUCAGCAAACUUCCUUAACUUGAACUUUCUGUAACUCGAUUUUUUCAUCAAACCCAUGAAGCUUCGACACAGAAGUUUGACUAUAUACAGAUACAGUAUAUAAGGUGACCUCAGUUGUAGCCUACUUAUGCAGGAUGUAGCUAGUUACAUAAAGGAAAAAAAUAAAAUCAGCCUUAUUUAGUAAUUUACCAUUUUUACAUUUGAGAGAGUAAAAAAAUAAAACGUC